AUGGAGAGCAUUACGCAGCUGUUCGGGGAGCUGUGCGAGGCGCACCUGGCCGUCCUGCCCUGGAAGGUGCACCUGGGCCGGCGGAGGGUUUGCAAGCGGAGGGCUAAGCAAAACCUGAAGAGAGUCGCCUACAACGCCCUCUUCAUGAACCUCUUCCAAGAUGAGGCUCGCAGGCUGCACUCCAAUGUUGCCCGGCUCCCGGUGAAAAACAAGAUUUUGAUGCUGUCCUUCAACUUGAGAGUGGGCGGUCUAGGUGCCCAAGCAGAUAGGCUGGAAAGCCUCGUGGAAGAGCUGGAGGCUGCUGAUUCCUUGCCGUUCACUGAAAUCAAUUCCAUCUUGGAUCUCCUCGUGCAGCUUGCCGGAACAGGCCCUCCUCAGCUUGUACCGCAAAAGAAGGACUAUUUUCUAAACAACAAAUACGUUGGGAGAAAUGUCAAGUACCAGGGUUAUGAUUAUUACGACGUGAGUGUGUUCGAAGCUGACAUUCAAUCUCUCAUCACAAACGAAGAGUGUCAGUUCAGCGACACUAUCCAGAAGACGCUGCAGAUCAUGGAGGCUGCGCCUGGAACGGGCCUCCCUGCCAUGGGGCUCUUCUCGCAGAGCUGUCCCGCUGGCGACAGGUUUGAGAAGGAAACGCGGGUCUCGCUCUUCGGAGCCCUGGUCCACAGCAGAACCUACGAUAUGGACAUCAAGCUGGACCUGCCGCCCGUGCCCGACAGCGCAGAUUUGUCUGGACUUGCAAUUAAAGUUCCUCAAAGCAUAGACCAGUCAGAAGACGAGGGAUUCCAGUCAGCGUCCAACCUGACUCCAGAUUCUCAGUCGGAGCCCAGCGUGACGCCAGACAUAGACCUGUGGGACGCGGUGCUUACGUACGGACCCAGCAAGCGGAGGUGCUGGGAGAGGAUUGGAUACCCACCUGGUAAAAAAGAGGAACCAUACCUUACUGAAGCUGGGAGAGAAGCUUUUGACAAGUUUUACAGACUCCGAGAAGGGGAAUUGCAGCUAUUUAGUAAUACUGUGCUUCAGUUUCCACAGCUUGUGCUAAUGAAAGAGCCUGAACUGGUUAAGGAUGUGUUAAAUGUCCUCAUUGGUGUGGUAUCUGCCACAUUUUCACUCAAUCAGGCUGCGCAAACAUUCGUGAUAAAGGAGGGGGUUUAUGUAUCUGGAACCUCACCAGAGGCGAUGCACAAUCUGCUCUCAGAAGUGGCAGAGUAUGGGACCUACUACACACGACUGAGUCGUUUCUCUCUUCAGCCAGUCUUAGAUUCUUCAUAUAACAAAGGGCUUGUAUUUCAGGCAUUCACAAGUGGGUUGAGAAAGUAUCUUCAGUAUUACCGAGCCUGUGUUUUGUCAACACCUCCUACUCUAAGUCUUCUAACAAUCACCUUUCUCUUCAGAAAAUUGGGUCGUCAGUUGAGGUACUUGGCUGAACUUUGUGGCAUAGGAACGACGACACUGGCCAUCAGUGGCGGAGCUGGUACUUCAUUUCCUACGGGUGUGAAAUUGCUUUCGUAUCUGUACAAAGAGGCUCUCAACAACUGUAGCAAUGAGCAUUACCCAGUUCUUCUGUCUUUGUUAAAAACCAGCUGUGAACCAUACACAAGAUUUAUCUAUGAUUGGGUGUACAGUGGUGUAUUCAGGGAUGUUUAUGGCGAAUUCAUGAUCCAGGUGAAUGAGGAUUAUCUUUGUUUCAGAGAUAAACAUUACUGGACUCAUGGCUACGUUUUGAUUUCAAAAGAAGUAGAAGAUUGUGUCCCUGUAUUUCUUAAACAUAUUGCUAAUGAUGUGUACAUAUGUGGGAAAACCAUAAACUUACUGAAACUGUGUUGUCCUAGGCAUUACAUAUGUUGGUCAGACAUUCCCGUUCCCCGGAUUUCGGUUAUUUUUUCCCUGGAGGAGCUGAAAGAAAUAGAGAGAGAUUGUGCGGUGUACGUAGGUCGAAUGGAAAGAAUUGCCCGAUACAGUUCAAUAAGCAAAGAGGAAAAGGAUUUACGAAUGGAAAUAGCCAAACAAGAAUUAAUUGUUCAUGCUCGAGAAACUGCUAGUAAAGUACUAAAAGCCAUUAAUGAUCGACAAAUAUCAGAGCGAAUGGCUUUGGAUGCAAAGAAACGGGAGCAGUUUCAGAAGUUGAAAGAGCAGUUUGCAAAAGACCAAGAGCGCCGCCUUGCAAUUAAACAAGAGGAGAUUGAUGAUGAUUUCAGCUAUGCCCGAGAACUCAGAGAAAGGGAAAAAAGACUGAAAGCUUUGGAAGAGGAACUGGAAAAAAAGGCAAGGCAAGAAUUAAUUGACCAUUAUAGCAAACUUUCUGAUGACGCGGCCCGUAGGGAGCAGAGAGCUUUAUGGAAAAUCCAGCGACACAAGUUGGAAACAGCCCGUCUCAAGUUUCUGUUAGAAGAUCAAAAGCGAAUCGAGGAAAUGCUUGAAAAACUUCCAGAUGGAAACUACAGGAGAAAAUUAGAUAUUAUUCCAUACGAACAGUGUCCACUGGCUUUAGAUACAAACAUGGCUGUGAAAGAUCCACGUUCACAGGUGCCAUCUGUGAAAUUUCUGCCUUCUAGUGAGAGGCUUGGCAGAAAAGAACCAGAGUCUGGCCUAGAGUGUGUUGCUUCCUCUGACCAAGCAUUGGCCGUGGCACAGCCAACAACACAGGAGGCUGAUCAGCAUCUUCAGCCUGAAGCAGCAGGGUCUGGAUGCCAUUUCCAGGAUCCAGAGCAGGCAGGCAGUUCUGCGUUGUUGCAAGGUGCUAGUUCCUUGCCCGAAGCUGAUGUCAAUAUAGAAGAUUUUUUAUCAAAGCCACAAGAACAGCAACCUGCUGCCAUUAGUGUAGAAGGAUCUCUGCUGGAUGAAGCGUUUCAGAACAUUAACUCUGAUCUUUCUGAGACUUCUCAAGGAAGUAGAAAUCAGCCUCUCCUGAGAGGACCACUUGAAGCAGAGGGUGACGCACCAUCAUGUCAGCAACACGAGUAUGAUUUCAGUACUGUCCUCAGACCCACUGUGGUCUGGCAGGGACACGUUAGGGUUGGAGAAAACGUGUUUGAGGCAGACUAUAAAAGGCCUCGAUGGAACAUUCAUGGCCAUGCAUCCAACUCCAGCAUCAGACUGGGAGAAUACGUGCCCCACGAGCCUGGGAAAUGCCCACACUCCCACGGGAAAAGCAGCAGCUGCACUUGUGACGAUCAGCCCCGCCGGCCCCGCUGGAACAUCCACGGGCACGUUUCCGAAGCCCACAUUAAAAUUGGGGAAUAUGCUUCAGAGGUAGAGUCCCCACGGCCCAGGUGGAAUAUUCAUGGCCACGCCUCAGAAGGCAGCAUCAAGGUCGGUGAGUACGUGUCAGACGUGGCGCCGGCGAGGCCUCGGUGGAACAUCCACGGUCAUGCGUCCGAUGCCAACAUCAAGAUUGGUGAAAACGUGUCGGAGGUCGUCUCGGCGAGGCCCCGCUGGAACAUCCACGGGCACGCAUCCCAGUCCCACAUCAGGAUCGGGGAGCUGGUUUCGGAUAUGGAGCCUCUGAAACCUCGUUGGAGCCCGUUUGGCCACGCGUCCCAGUCGAGCAUCGAAAUAGGGAAGUGGGCUCCGUCUGCAGAGAAUGACCCCAUUCCUCACCGCAAAGCCAUUUCUGGUCCCUCUUCCAGCUCCACGGUUCAGGCUCUUCUGUACAAUGAAGAAUUAGCUCCUGCUGAGGGAAGUAGAAAGGAAGUAAAAACAUCACAAGCUGAGAAAAAGACUUUUCCACAGUCCCAGUCAUCUGACAGCGUUCCAGGCUUUCCUGGCACCAGUGCCAAAGGUGACAAUAAAGAAGACAUAAUGGAAGGGAAGCAAGAAGUAAUUGCAGAUGGGGUCAACAAAGAUUCUUCCUCGGAUUCUUCACAGAGCUUGCAGACAGAAGAACCUGAAAAAUCAGUUCCCCAAGACACAGUGCCUCAAGCAGCUUUGGUUUCUGAAGCUAAUGCUGCCAAGGUUAAGAAGGAGGAAGAGGGAGAGGAUACAUGGAAAAAAGAACAAGCUUAUUUAAAAGCCUUAUCGGACCAGUACUGUAUUGAAAAAUACCAAGAUAGUUAUGAUUUGUCAGCAGAACUGCCAGUGUCCCAUCUCCUGCACCAUGUGAUCCCACGAUCAUACACUUUUCCUGUGGACCCUACGGUACAGUCUGCCACGGACGAGACGGCUGUUCAGCUGAGUGAGCUCCUCUCUCUGCCCGUGCUGAUGAAACGCUCCAUUACUGCUCCCCUUGUAUCCCAUGUGUCUCUUGUGAACAAAGCAAUAGUCGAUUACUACUUUGUGGAACUGAACGUAGAGAAGCACUUUGAGGCGCUGAGACACUUUCUGUUAAUGGAAGACGGGGAGUUUGCUCAGUCGCUCAGCGACCUGCUCUUUGAGAAGCUUGGAUCAGGACAAACACCUGGUGAGCUGCUGAAUCCCCUGGUUCUCAACUCUAUCCUGAAUAAAGCCUUGCAGUACAGUCUUCAUGGUGACACCAAGCUCGCUUCUAAUCUUUCUUUUGCGCUGAAGUACCUUCCAGAGGUGUUCAAGCCCAAUGCACCUGAUGCUCUGAGUUGCUUAGAGCUAAGAUACAAGGUUGACUGGCCUCUGAAUAUUGUCAUUACCGAGAGCUGCAUGAAUAAAUACAACAAGAUCUUCUCUUUCUUGCUCCAACUGAAGCACAUGGUGUGGACUCUCAAGGACGUUUGGUUUCACUUAAAACGCACUGCUCUAGUGAGUCGUGCAUCAAAUUCCGUUCAGUUCCGGCAGCUCCAGCUGUAUAAACAUGAAAUGCAGCAUUUUGUGAAAGUUAUUCAAGGUUACAUUGCUAAUCAGAUUCUUCACGUUACGUGGUGUGAAUUUGGAAACAAACUGUCUUCUGUGGGCAACCUGGAAGAAAUCCACAGGACACACGCUGAAUACCUGAACAAGGCAAUCUUCAGAGGCCUGUUGACGGAGAAGGCAGCUCCUGUGAUGAACAUCAUCCACAGCAUCUUCAGCCUCAUCCUGAAGUUCCGCAGCCAGCUCAUCUCGCAGGCGUGGGGCUUUGACGCCGCAAAGCAGACGGCCGUGCACCCCAACUUCGCCCUCAUGCAGCAGUCCUACAACACCUUCAAGUACUAUUCCCACUUCCUCUUCAAAGUGGUAACAAAGCUUGUAAAUAGAGGAUACCAACCCCACUUGGAGGACUUCCUGCUGCGAAUUAAUUUUAAUAACUACUACAAGGAUAACUGAGAUCUAAUCCAGCAUGAGGCUCGCUGAUGGCAUGGUAAGAG